GAGGACGGGCCAACGGCUGUGCCUGGGCGGGCAGGCAGGCUCGGGGCCCCGCGAGCUGGGUGCCAGCUUUUUGCCGGGCGCCCGUUGCCGGCAAGAUGCUGCGUCCCGCGCCGGGCGCCAUGGCGGACGGUUACCAGCUGUGGGGCCCCUCGCCCCUGGACGAGGCACUGCGCUGGCUGCGGGGGACGCCGCCGCCGCCGCCUCCUCCCGCCUCCUCGGCGCACUUCUUUCGCUGGGCCAGCCUGCAGGCGUCGGUGGGCGGGUGGCAGGGACGCGGGGGAGCGCUGCCGCGGCCGCAAGCCGUGAGGUUGCAAGGCGUCGACGCCGUUUUCGAGCGGCUGGUAACGGCGCAGCCGCCGCGCCGGAGAGGCACCCUGCGUGUGUCGGAGCGCUCGGCUUUCUGCCGGGUGGUGGCCCCGGGGCGGUGGCGGGCCGCCGGGCUGCGGGAGGCGGAGGCGCGGGUGGCCGCCGCCAUGUGCCAGCAGAUGAUGCGCGCCAUCCUGCUGCUCUACGCCGCCUUCAAGAAGUGCGCCUUCGUCCUGCAGCACGCUCGCUGAGCGCCGGCGGGAACGCCCUUCGGCGGGCAGCGCGCUGGCUGGCCGCUGGGGACUGGUGGCUCAGAGCCGUGCUCAGAGUUCUCACACCUUGAAGCCCUGCCGGGGCCCUGUGCAGUGAGCACACAGCAAAGCCUUACCUUG